UGGGGGAGAAAACUUGGAGUCAGCUGUGUUUCUGCUGGGUUCGAGGAGUUGCAAGUUUUUACGUUUCUGAUUCUGGCGACGACCGUUUAGAGCUGAAAAUGCCUCUGCGGAGAGGAAACGAGUCGAGCAGAGUAUGAUGCAAUCCUUGGACCAUGAUCGGAUUCACAAGAGCGAAUCUCAUCCGCUUCGUGGCCGGCGCAAUCUGCUUGUUGCUGGUGGUUAACUUUUUGGGCUUCCGCACGGACGGGGCCAGUGGCACCUCCCUAAGCAAGCUCAGUAUUCGGCGCGUACACAAAUAUGCGCAUAUCUAUGGAAACAGCAGCAAGCUGCCCGCAGCUCCACUGGCCAUGUCCAAGGAGCGGGAGCAACUGCUGCAAGGCGGACCGAACUCCACCACAACGACUGUGAUUGCGACUGCAAACUUUACUUCCAUUCCACAAGACUUAUCGCACAUCCCGCUGAGCACGUACAAGGCUCUGCCCAUGGGUCAAAAAACCAGUUCCGCCCUCCAUGCCAAUUGCACUGAUCCCGAUCCCCGUGAUGGUGGACCCAUCACACCGAAUACAACCCUCGAAUCAUUGGACAUUAUCGAAGCUGAACUGGGUCCGCUUUUGCGCCCUGGUGGCGCCUUUCAGCCAGAUAAAUGCAACGCCCAGCACCAUGUAGCCAUUGUGGUGCCCUUCCGUGACCGAUACGCCCAUUUGUCCGUCUUCCUGCGUAACAUUCACCCGUUCCUGAUGAAGCAGCGCAUCGCUUAUCGAAUAUUCAUAGUCGAGCAGACCAAUGGCAAGCCCUUUAAUCGGGCAGCUAUGAUGAACAUCGGUUUUUUGGAGGCCUUAAAGCUAUACCAGUGGGACUGUUUCAUAUUCCACGACGUGGAUCUUUUGCCUCUGGAUGACCGAAAUCUGUACAACUGUCCUCGUCAGCCGCGGCACAUGUCUGUGGCGAUAGAUACCCUCAACUUCAAGUUGCCUUAUCGAUCAAUAUUUGGCGGAGUGUCUGCCAUGACGCGUGAGCACUUCCAGGCGGUUAAUGGGUUUUCCAACUCAUUUUUUGGCUGGGGCGGUGAGGACGAUGACAUGUCCAACCGCCUGAAGCAUGCCAACCUAUUCAUAUCAAGGUACCCCGUCAACAUAGCCCGCUAUAAGAUGCUAAAGCAUCAGAAGGAGAAGGCCAAUCCAAAGCGGUAUGAGAAUCUACAGAAUGGCAUGAGUAAAAUUGAAAGCGAUGGCAUCAACUCGAUCAAGUAUGUCAUUUACAGCAUCAAGGAGUUCCCGACCUUCACUUGGUAUUUAGCUGAGCUAAAGAACUCCGAGCGCAAGAGUUAGCCUACGUAAAAGUGCGUGACCUUUCUAACUAUCCAAUAUUCGUAUGUACAAAGGACAACAUUACUUUCACGAAUCGUAGAGUCUCUUAUUAGAGUAGCCCGAAAAAGACAUCUCAUGGCAACAUGAUCAAUAUAUAUAUAUAUAUAUUAGACACAUAUUGUGUGCAGCAUAUGGUAGCAAGUCCAAUACUAUACUCAUGUUACUAUGUAGUAUACUUUUUAAUCCAUAUUUUAGCUUCAAUUCGUAAUCCAAGAACAAAUAGUAAGAACUCGUCUCUGUAGCCGAUAUCGUCCCUUUUAAUAUUCAAUACCAUAUGUGACAAAAAUACUUAUAUACGUUAUACACUUUUUGUUAUUCUUAAGUUGUUUUAUUGCUUUUUUGUUACCAUUCAAUUUUAUGAACUUCU